ACAAGUUUAACCUCAAAAUUUUCACUGAWUUCACAUAUGUACGUUCAAAUGCAAUCACCUGAUUAGAAAUUACGCACAAUAAGAAAAAAAUUGAUUGAUAAGAUAAAAAUUAACCAAUUUAAUUCAAGUUUAUUAUUUAAAAGAAUUAAGUUUUUGUCACAUAACCUCAAAUUUUUUUCGAAGAAUUAUUUGUCAAAAGGCGAGCUAAUUUCUGUAUUAACAAUUUGAAGAACAAUAAACUUUAAUAAGGUGGAAGAAUAAUCAAAGACGGUCAAAUUCCACAAUUGUAAAUAUUGAAACUGAUAAAAAGUGAAGUCAAAUUCCAUUAUGUUAUUCUAAUCUCACAUUAGUUCGGCGUAAAAUGUCAACUGAAAUGCCUAUUCUACCAGAUAAAGUGAAAAAUUUGGUAAGAAGUAUUAGGAGAGUGUUCCUGAAAUGGUCGGUUCAAAGACCGGUCCUGUCUAUGUCUUUGGUGGUGAUUGGGGCCGUUGUGCUUCUCCCUGUGGUGACAGCAGCAACGCUAAUGCCCAUCGCAUUGCUACUCACUUAUACUGGGAUUUUGGCAUCACAAGGAAUUUUCUACAUAACUUACAACAUAUUCAUCCAAGGAAUGUUACUAGCUAUGGUAAUUGUAGCCUUGUUUGUUGUUGGUUUUGCUAUUGCAACCAGCGCGAGUGUUUUCCAUUCAUACAAAAUUUUUAAAACAGUUACAGUAAAGAAGAAGCAGUAAA